AUGUUGGUCGGAGAAACUUUAGGCAGAGCUGACGACAUGUAUCGUAAAAUUCGACUCGGUUUCCUCGCGAUAAUAUUGCUGCUAUGCUUGAGCCUGGACGCGGUGGCCCAGCUAAAUUUUUCAACCGGUUGGGGAAAAAGGAGCCAGAGGGUAGGCGCUCUCGAAUGGGCUACUAGAACCGACUGCGAUUCCCAGGGAAAACCUUCGUUGGAACAGCUGCUGACCGUCUACAAUUUCAUCCAGGCAGAAGCGCGGAAAAUGUUGGACUGUCGAAGAGUGAACGAGUGAACCGGAGAGUGGAUCUAGCGGCUUUAGCGGAAGCAUCGUAGAGAUAGAUACUUCCUAGUUCGAGAUCGAUCGUUUCGAAGCAAAGGCUGCC